AUGUCAUCUAUGCCAGUGGAGGAUGGUUACAAUGAAUAUGUUGCUCCUAAGCGUAAGAGGACGAAGAAAUCCUUGGUGUGGCGUGAGCUACAAGAAGGAAAGAAUGAACAAGGUGAUGUAAUUGCUACUUGUAAGCAUUGUGGGAUUGAUUUAGUUUCCGGGUCAAAAAGUGGCACAUCUCAUUUAAAACGUCAUUUGUUAGAGAGAUGUCCAAAAAGGCCUAAUGGAGUUCCACUAGGGGAGGCGGACAAUGACGAUGAGGGUAGAGAAUUUGUAUUUGACAUGAAAGAACUAAGGAAGGAAAUUUUACUCUAUGUUGUAGAAGGUUCUCGUCCAUUUUCUACGGUUGAGGAUAAAGCUUUUAGGCGAAUGAUGUUUAAAGCUACUCCACAUUUUAAGCCUUUUAGUCGGACUACACUAACUAGAGACCUUUUUUCCAUGUAUUAUUCUGAUAGAGAAAAGUUGAAGACCAUAUUAUUGAGUGCACCUGGUUUUAUUUGCUUGACAACUGAUAAUUGGAAAUCAUCUCAUAUAUGGCAACAUUAUAUUUGUAUAACCGUCCAUUUUGUUGAUAAUGAUUGGAAACUACAUAAGAGAAUCCUCAUGUUUAAGGCAUUGUCUCCUCCUUGUGAUGGAGAAAGCAUUUCCGAAGAAAUUUAUAUGUUUCUUAACCAUUGGAGAAUAGAUGAUAAGGUGUUAAGUUUAACGGUUGACAAUGCCUCUUAUAAUGAUGCUAUGAUUACUCACUUGCGGACUCGUUUGGUAGCAAGAGGAGUGUUGAUACAUGGUGGUUGUUUUUUCCACAUUAGGUGUUGUGCUCACAUAAUUAAUUUGAUAGUUCAAUCCGGAUUAGGUCUUAUUCAAAGCAUCUUAGAUAGUGUUAGAAACUUGGUGAAAAUGAUUACGAGGUCUUCAUCUAGAAGUAAAGACUUUUACGAGGUUGCACAAAAGAAUUUUCAUCUAGAUGUUAAAAGAAAACUUCACUUGGAUAUGCAAAUUCGUUGGAAUUCGACAUAUAAAAUGCUUGAUAAUGUCUUAUACUACAAAGUUGUGUUUCUUCAUUUGGGAUCGGUGCAUGUAGCUUUGAAACUCUUUUAUGAUGUGACGUGUAUGUUCUCGGCCAAUAAAUCUCCAACAUCUAAUAUUUAUUUCAAGGGUGCUUGGAUGGUUCAUCGUCGUUUGGUUGAAACAUCUAAGGGGCCACAUGUUUUCUUAGGAGAUAUGGUGAAACCUAUGUUGAAAAAAUUUGACACAUAUUGGUCGGAGUAUAAUGUGUACUUAUCUUGUGCGGCCAUACUUGAUCCAAGGUUCAAAGUUAAGUUUGUUGAGUAUUGUUUUGAUAAGUUGUUUGGUCCGGAUGAAGCUAUGAUAAAGGUUGGAGAAGUGUUGACUACCUUAAGGUCUUUAUAUAAUGAGUACAAGUUAAGAUCUUCAACUUCACCUAUUGUUGUCCCUACUCCUACUAGUGCUAUAGAUGAUGACUUAUUUGAUGAUUAUCAUAGUUAUAGUUCAAGAAGUACUAGAACUCAAACCACAAAGUCACAACUUGACUCGUAUUUGGAGGAUCCGGAGCGUGACUUGAAUUCGGAGUUGAAUGUACUAGAAUUUUGGCAACAAAAUGUAGUGAGAUUUCCGGAUCUUGCUUCUUUGGCUCGAGAUUUACUAAGUAUUCCGGUUAGUACGGUGGCUUCGGAGUCGGCUUUUAGUCUUAGUGGAAAGAUUAUUUCUCCUAAUCGUAGCUCAUUGAAACCAAAGACGGUACAAGCAUUAGUGUGCACUCAAGAUUGGCGCCGUGAUGAGCACAAUGUUCCUUUGGAUUUGGAUCUUGAUUGUAGCUCGGGUGAUGAUAUGGAUGAAGAGAAGAUCCAACAGCUCCUACGGGAUCUUUGUGACAUAGACGAGGUAGAAGUUGAGGUAUCUUCAAUCAGAAGCUUAGAACUUGGCUCAGAAGAAGUUCGAGCAAUGUGUCCCAUGAAAUUAGGCCUUCUGACAAUCCUCACUGCUGAUUUGUUUCUUCUUUUUUCUGAACUGUUCUCAGAAACACUGGAACACUUGACUUUUAAUUUGUUCUUUUUCGAGGAAAUCUUAGAGAGUGGUGAGAUAAUUGGACGGUUACUAGGUACUUUAAUGGUACAAAUUCGGGCUGCCUCUAAAUUGCUGUAA